UCAGUGGAGUUGACAUUCCAAUUAGUCCUCCUUGGGCUUCCUUGCUGAGUGAUUCUAGGCCAGGAGCAGUCCCGCGGAGAGCCAUGCCGCCAGAAGAGGAGGAGGAGGAAAAAGACACAUUAUUUAUAGAAAAAUGAGGCCUCACAAUAUCCUUUUUGGAGAGAGAAUUAUUAAGGAACUGAGGUGCACGGGUGCAUGCGUCCCAGUUUUCUGAUUAACACUGUGAGAGCAGGACGGCCUGAGGAGGAGUCAGGGAUGAAGCCGAGGGUUUUCAGCGCAUUCACUUCGAUUUGAAAGCAUUAUGCGUUCAUGAAGAGGCAGCGGUUUACACAAGUUUGAGAAGAGCAUUGCAGUUUGACAUCAAGAUGAAGAAGUUUCUGCAAAACAAAAAAGGAAAAUACUCUUUUCGCCAGAACAAGCAUGGCUCUCGGUACCCAACCAAAGAGUUCUUCCUCAACAUGCCGACUUCCAACCAGGGGUGGCCUGAAGAGUUUGGCUUCCAGUUGGGUGGGAGUGGACCCAGCUACAUCCUUUCUGUGGAGGAGGGGAGCAGUGCACACCUGGCUGGCCUGCAAGCUGGGGACCAGGUUUUGGAGAUUGAGGGGCACAAUGUGUCAACACUGGGACCCCAAGCCGUUAUGGCCAUCGCUCAGACUCAGAAGAACAUUCCUCCAAGCAUUGGCGUGGUCUCCCGCAUACAGCAGAUGGACAUCACACCUGGUGCGGAUGGUCGUUUUGGCUUCACCAUCGUUGGUGACUGCCCUCUGCUUGUUGAGGAUUGCUCACCUUGCUCCCCUGCUGGUCGAGCUGGUCUAAGGGCAGGCGAUUACGUCUUGGAGGUCAAUGGUAUCCCGGUCAGACAGCAUGAGACAGCUGCAGCACUCAUCAAGUCCUCUCAGGGACGCACCUUGCGUCUGGGAGUGUUGUGUCUCGGGUCAAAGCAGAAGCGAAGCGUCAGCAUCGAGGACAGUCAGACCGGGGGAGAUGGAGGAAGACAAGACCGCAAAUAUAAAGCUUUGGAAUUCAACAGGAGGGUUGACGAGAUAUUGGCAGAUGAGCCUGAAGUAAAAGACAGACUCUUUGCUGUGCUGAAGCAGUAUGCCACUGAGAAGAGAGUGGACUGGCUGGCGUCUGUCCUCCCUGAUGUAUUGACCACUGAGGAGCAUCGACAGCUCAUCUCCAGCAUCAGAAUCUUCAUCCCGAAGAAGCACAGACAGCGCUUUGAUGACUCCGUCUCUCAGAAUGUGAUCAACAGACUCUGCCGCAGCAAGAGCAUCAGUGAACCACAGGGACGGAUCCGCCGGAGUCGGAGCGAGGACCACUCCGACCACCGUCAUGGGUCCAAACGUGCAAGCUCUUUGCCCAGAGAUGGGGAACCCGGAGGAAGGGGUGAUGGGGACAGAGACAGGGGCCACCGGAAGUCUGUGUCUGGGAUACCAGCGCACCCUCCUCUUGGACCCAACCAAAGAAUCAUUCGUGUUUACAGGGGUAAAAAGACUUUCGGUUUCACGCUGCGAGGUCAUGCUCCUGUCUGUGUCGACUCCGUCAUCCCAGAUAGUCCUGCUGAGGAAUGUGGCCUGAAACCUGGUGAUAGAAUCCUCUUCCUCAAUGGACUUGACAUGAGAAAAUGCUCCCAUGAGAAGGUGGUGUCCAUGCUGCAGGGUAGCGGGGCCAUGCCCACUCUGGUUGUCGAGGAGGGCCCCUCGGAUUGCUCCUCCGAGCUCACGGACCCAGACGACCCUCCCACCGUCAUGCCCACCACUUUGCCACGCUCCAGAUCUCCAGCUCUCAGUUCUCUUCAGUGGGUGGCAGAGAUUCUGCCCCCCAGUAUCAAAGUGCACGGACGCACCUUCAGCCAGCAGCUGGAGCAUCUACUGACCAUCCAGGAGAGAUACACUGUCUGCAAGUCCCUGGAGACCUUCUUCCAGCACAGGAACGUGGACACGCUGAUUGUUGAUGUGUUCCCAGUGUUGGACACUCCGGCCAAACAGCUGAUUUGGCAGUUCAUUUACCAACUCCUGACAUACGAUGAGCAGGAGCGCUGCCAGAACAAGCUCUCACGUUUCCUUGGCUUCAAAAGCAGCGCGGUGUUAGAACCUGACGCAGGCUCGGAGCACCACAGGAGGAGCAGCUCUGUGCGGGUAUCAGGGACGCCGUAUCGCGGCAUCAUCCGAGACAGGAGCUCCGACGACUGCAUCAUUGGGACCCACCUGGGCAUGGGGAUUCAUGUGGAUGAAUCAGGCAGCUCGGAGGAGAGGCAGUCUGGAGAUGGAACCUCCUUCCCCGAGUCUCCAGACCUCAGUCAUAUGACAGGUGUGUACACAGAGCUGGAGAACGUGUACACGGGCAAGAGUGUGUCUCCACUGCACACCUGCACCGCAGGAGAGCACAAGGGUCCGGGGCAGACUGAGGCCUACAGUCGCGCUCUCUCCCCCCUCACGCUCCCACCUCUUGCAGGUAACCGCAAGUCUGCGCUGUCCCUGUCCUGGAAAGAGCCCCUCCCUACGCCCGUGUAUGAGAUCCACCGCCAGAGCAGCGUGGACUCCAACCCAUACGUUAGCCUGGAGAGCCCGCCGGCUUCUCCGCAGCACCCAGACGGGGGUCCCAACACGCUGAACCGCCGCAAGAAGCUGUUCACCUUCUCACGCCCGCCACGCAGCCGCGACACGGACAAGUUCCUGGAUGCCCUCAGUGAGCAGCUGGGUCACAGGGUCACCCUGAGGGACGAUUUCAUACCUGGAGAGAACGACUAUGAGGAGAUGAGCUUUCAGGAGGAGCAGGAACUGGGUCUCCUGCCUCGGCAGCUCAGCAGUGGCAGCAGUGAAGAUCACUGCAGCAGCGACGAAGUCUCCUCUCCGUCCUACUCCUCUGAAUCCGAACACAUCCCACCUCCUCCCACCCAGAGUCCACCUCCUCCCCCGCCCUUCCAGUCUGUUAUACCGCCCCCGGUCCAGUUCACUGACACCCUGCCACCUGUUCGCUUCUCCCCAGAACACGUCCCCCGCAGCCGAAUGCCCUUCCAGCCGCACCAUCCCAUCAUCCCCCCUCCUCCCCCUCCGCUGAGGACCCUCUUGUCUCACCGUUCCCCUCGCAAAGCUCUGCCGGGGAGAGAAGAGGGGGACAAGACAAGGUUAUCCAGCAGGAUUGGGUAUACCACCACCCUCCGCUCCUCCCGUUACCUACCACGGCAGCUCAGCCAGCCGCAGCCCCUCCGCCAGACGUCCCCUCAGCCGUCCCCCCAGAUCAACAGACCCAGCCACCUGGUCCUCCAGAGACACCACCAGCUUCACCAUCAACACAGCUACCAGGGUCCUCUGCCACCCUCACUUCAAGAUCACAGCUCCUCACAGUGUCUUAGCCAGAACUCCAAAGUCUCUCCGACCCCUUCCAAACCUCUGACCUCCCAGUCCUCCCUCGGCGCUGGUCACAGUACGUCUUUCGAUGCCCCCCGGCAGGAGCCUCAGCCAACCCAGGCCCCGCCACCCCCUCCACCACCCUUGCCCCCACCGUGCGACCCCCCUCCGCUGCCUGCAUCCAGCCCACAUGCCUCCGACACCAACCACAUGAGUGUGAAGCGCCUGCGCUGGGAGCAGGUGGAGAACUCAGAGGGAACCAUCUGGGGUCAGCUCGGCGAGGAUUCUGACUACGACAAGCUCACAGACAUGGUCAAGUACAUGGACCUGGAUCUGCACUUCGGAACACAACGCAGAUCCAUUUCCCCUCCAGAACCAGCCUUUGCGCCGGAGAACUUAAAGAAGAAAGACACGGUGGAGAUUCUCUCGCACAAGAAGGCCUACAACGCAUCCAUCCUGAUCGCCCACCUGAAGCUUUCCCCUGCCGAGCUCCAGCAGGUGCUGAUGAACAUGACCACCGAGCGACUGGAGCCGGCCCACAUCAAGCAGCUGCUGCUCUACGCUCCGGACGAGGACGAGAUCAAGCAGUACGAGCAGUUUGACCAGGACCCGGCCAAACUGAGCGAGCCCGACCAGUUCAGCUUCCAGAUGCUGAUGGUGCCUGAGUACAAGACUCGUCUGAGGAGCCUGCACUUCAAGACCACCCUGCAGGAGCGGACGGAGGAGAUGAAGUUGGCCUUUGAUUACAUCUACAAGGCCUCAGUCGAGCUGAAGACCAGCAAGAAGCUGGCUAAAAUCCUCGAGCAGUUCGUCCUGGCCAUGGGGAAUUACCUGAACAACGGUCAACCCAAGAGCAGCAGGACCACAGGCUUCAAGAUCAACUUCCUGACCGAGCUGAGCACGACCAAAACCGUGGACGGCAAAUCCACCUUCCUUCACAUCCUGGCCAAGUCUCUGUGCCAGCACUUUCCCGAGCUGCUCAACUUUUCCAGCGACCUCACCACCGUUCCCCUCGCUGCCAAGGUGAACCAGCGAGUCAUCACCUCAGAGCUCAGUGACAUCCACUCCACCGUCCAGGACAUCAGGACAGCCUGUCUGAAAAUCCCCCCCACCUCUGAAGACCACUUCUCCUCUGUCAUGAGCAACUUCCUGGAGAACAGCCACCCUGCCAUCCAGUCCCUGGAGUCUCUGCAGACCCGAACCAUGGAGGAGUUCUCCAACGUGGCCUCCUUCUUCGGAGAGGACAGCAAGUCCACCAGCACAGAAUCCUUUUUUGCCAUCUUUGCUGACUUUAUCUCCAAGUUUGAGAGGGCGCUGAAUGAGACCCAGACCCCUGAAGACCCAAGAAGCCCAAGAAGCCCCAGACUGUCCUCUCCUCUGGCCUGGUAGAUGACGGACUCUACUUUCACUCUGCAACAACAGGGCUGAGAGGUGGUUCUGCGUCCGGAGGUGGAGGAUACGGGAUUUAAAAACUAUGAAGAUCAGAUUUAUAUUUAAAGUCACUUCACAAGCAUGACACAAACACCUGCGUAGUCUGCUGCACAAAAAGCCUCAAACUCAUAUUUAGAUCAGCUGCAGCUAUAUCCUGCAGCUGGCUCAAGAUCUCGACAGCUGAAAAUGACGGAUUCAUUUUUGGGGUCGAUCGUGACCUCUAGUGGUCAUAACCAAGUAUAGUUGAGGUGCAAAACUGUAGACCAGGAUGAGACUUUGAGGGCAGAAGGGUAAACUCAUCCUGUCAGUCACAAACACAACUGAACCACUAUACAACACAAAGAGUGAAGGAGACAUCACUGAUCAUAAAUGAGAUUUGAGACCAAAGCUUCUGCAGAGAUUUAGAAGUUAUGGUCGUGAUUCUCAUUUCCGUUGGACCAAGUUAUUUGUCGAGUGUUUCAACCACAUGAUUAGGAUUCAAAGCCCUCAGUAACACAAGUACCGAGUACUAAUAUCCUUGUGUUGACCAAGAUGUUGGGAGAAUCGGUCAGAACUAUUUUGAUGUGUCGCAGCAGCUCAGAGUCAGUCACCAUGUUUGUUAUGUUGUUGGAGCAUCAGGUUCAGUGACGGGAAGCUUGUCUGUAUGCUAAGCUAAAUAUUUGCACAUAACUUUAUUUCUCCUCCGAGUGAAUGUGAUGAAAGAUGGUGAAACAGAACACGUCGUAUUUUUGAAGGACACUUCCCAAAAUACAAGUAAAUAACCUGUGUAUAAUUAAAGAUGUAAAAACUGUAAAUGUGAAUUCCCUGCUUGUCGUCAUGGCGACAUGACUUCAGUAGCUUGUGUUGUAAUUUAUGUUGGAAUUUAUGAGAUUGUAAAUUAUGCUAUGCAGUUUUUUUUGUCUGUUUUGUAUAUUUCUUUCGCCACAUCUGCUCAAACAUCUGGCUGCUGCACGUGUCGUGACUGUCGCCCAGUCUGAAGCAUGUUAGUGCACUAGGAGAUGUACAGCUGGUAGCAAACACUGGAUAUUUGUCGAAAUAAAUCAUGUCUACUUUUGUCUUUA